GCUGACUCUGGCGCUUCGCCGCUCUGUUCAGUGUAUAACCCAACGUGAGUGUGUUUAGGGACUAAUGCGUAUGUUUUCUUUCGGAUUUAGCUGUGAAUUAAAUUCUUUCCUGAACGCAAAACAGCCCGCGGGUUCUAGAGAAUAUCGGACAUAAAACUGCCUUCAUCUCCCCUGCUUGCUUCUUGAAUGCUGCUAUAGCACCUUUGAGAUUCUGCUACAUUUCUGUUUCGCGGAUCCAGCAAUGAUGAGGAGAGAGCUGUUUUGACCACUGUUCCAACGGAAGAAAUACGAACUAUUGGCUUCUGAGACGGAAUCACGUUUUAAUCUUUGGCGAUUGAUUGAUCUGAAAUAUCGACAGAUAUACCUUGGAUGUGUCUUCAGAAUGCGUGGCCGUGACUGACUUGGCUGUGUCAACCUACCGUGGAUGUGUACGAGAGCAAAGAGGCAGCCACCAUGGAAGUGAAAGAACGCAGACCGUACCGCUCGCUGACGGCACACAGAGACAUGGAGCGCCGCUACACCAGCUCCUCAGCAGACAGCGAGGAUGGGGGGAAGGUCAACCCUAAAGGUUACAGCUCCAGCGAGACCCUCAAGGCCUUCGACCAGGAGUCCAGGAUGGCGGCCUACGGCAGCCGGGUCAAAGACAUGGUCCACCAUGAGGCUGACGAGUUCUGUAGACAAGGGGCGCCGUUUUCUCUCAGAGACCUAGGUUUUGGGGACCCGCUCCCUCCUCACGUGGCGUCCUACCGCGCCGACCUGGGUCUUGGCUCGGCCGGGGUGGGCGUGGCCUUGCCCCACCGUGACUACUCUGUGAGCGUGGGCUCGGACGCAGACACAGAGACGGACGGGAUCAUGUCCCCGGAGCAUGCCGUGCGGCUGUGGGCUCGCAACACCAAGUCAGGUCGCAGCUCCUGUCUGUCCAGCCGGGCCAACUCCAAUCUGACGCUUACCGACACAGAGCACGAGAACACGGAGAACGGUCGUCCUCUGCACUGUUCCUCCGCCUCCUCUUCCCCUGGGGAGCCCCAGCACCUCUCAUACCCUCCCCCUUCCCUGUCAGCAGCCAAUGAGAGCCAGGGAAGGUUGCUAGGUAACUGUGCUGCUCAGGACUCAGAGUCUGAAGAAGAGUUUGGCCCCAGUUCAUUCUUAGUCAGAACGGGCUCAGGGAACGUCUCUUCUGUGGCUACUGGGACACCGGAGGACGCUGUGUUCCACAACCACUCCCGACUACGGACCCCGCCUCUGCCAUUAUCGCACUCCCCUAACCAUCAGCACCACACUGCCUCCAUUACCUCUCUGAACAGGGGUCAGUACACGCCCCGCUCCGGCAGCAACGCCAGCCCCGCCCCCACAGACAGCCCCGCCCCGCCGGAGGGCCAGGGGAGUGGCCAGGACUCAGGCUCCGCCCAGGACAACUGGCUGCUGAACAGUAACAUCCCGCUGGAGACCAGGAACCCGAAUACUCUAAUGUUUAUCAGAGAAGAGCAGGACGCUGGCAGAGAAGGACAGGGCUCCUACAGCGCAAGAAAAAUAGCAAAGCAGACAUUGCUAGAGUCUUUACAGGAUUACCCGAUAGAGAUGGAAAUGCUGGCCGCCACGUGCCGCGAGGCGACGUCAUACACGGAUGGGCAUUUCCUGUUUAAGCCUGGGGGGACAUCGCCAAUGUAUUGCACUGCAUCACCAGGUUACCCUUUGACCUCUAGCACGGUCUACUCCCCACCGCCACGACCCCUACCCAGAAACACCUUCUCCAGACCGGCGUUCAGCCUGAAGAAGCCCUCUAAGCACUGCAACUGGAAAUGUGCUGCCCUCAGUGCCAUCCUGAUCUCUGUCACGCUGGUUCUCCUGCUGGCCUACUUCAUCGCCAUGCAGCUGUUGGGUCUCAACUGGCAUCUACAGCCCAUUCAGAGACAGAUGUAUCAGCUGUCGGAAGACUCCGCCAGCAGCCUGCCCUUACCCACUGACCUCAGCCUGCCCCCACUGGGAAACACCGGCCUGGACCUGCCCGACCGCCGGGGGAAAGACAAUGGUAACAGCCUUUUUCCAGACGACAGUUUCAUCGACAUGGGGGAGAUUGAUGUGGGCCGGAAGGUGGCCCAGCAGAUACCACCAGGUGUCUUCUGGUGGUCCCAGGUCUUCAUUGACCACCCCAUGUACCUCAAGUUCAACGUGUCCCUCAGCAAAGAUGCCCUGGUCGGGAUCUAUGGCAGGAGAGGCCUACCGCCCUCUCAUACACAGUUUGACUUUGUGGAGCUCUUGGAUGGCCGUCGGCUGCUGUCCAGUGAGCUGGUCGGGGUCCCUGGGGGGUCAGUGGAGGGCCCCGUUUCACUGCAGCGGUCGUUGUUUCCUGUCACCACACAUGACACCGGCUUCAUCCAGUACUUGGACUCUGGUAUCUGGCACCUGGCUGUCUACAACGACGGCAAAGAAACUGAAACCGUCUCCUUCCUAACCACUACCAUUGACUCGAUUGAUGACUGUCCCAGUGAUUGCCAUGGCAACGGCGAUUGUGUGGCGGGGACGUGUCACUGCUUCUUAGGAUUCAGAGGACCUGACUGUGGGAGAGCAUCCUGUCCAGUGCUCUGCAGUGGGAACGGUCAGUACCUGAAGGGGCGUUGUGUGUGUCACAGUGGCUGGAAGGGCGGGGAGUGCCAUGUCCCGACCAACCAGUGUAUAGACGUCACCUGCGCCAACCACGGGACCUGCAUCAUGGGAACAUGCAUCUGUAACCCUGGUUACAAAGGAGACAACUGUGAAGAGGUGGACUGCCUGGACCCUACAUGCUCUGGGCGGGGGGUUUGUGUGCAAGGGGAGUGCCACUGCUUUGUGGGCUGGGGCGGGGCAGGGUGCGAAAGCACCCGGGCUUCCUGCAUGGACCAGUGUUCUGGACACGGAGCCUUCCUGACAGACACCGGAACCUGCAGCUGUGACCCCAGCUGGACCGGACAUGACUGCUCCACAGAGAUCUGUGCGGCGGACUGCGGCGGCCAUGGCAUCUGCGUGUCGGGCACCUGUCGCUGCGACGAUGGCUGGGUGGGCGCCGGGUGUGACCAGCGGGCGUGCCACCCACGAUGCACUGAGCACGGAACCUGUAAGGAGGGGAGGUGUGAAUGCAGCCCCGGGUGGAACGGAGAGCACUGCAGCAUCGAAGGCUGCCCUGGUCUGUGUAAUGGGAAUGGCAGGUGCACCCUGGGUAAUAAUGGCUGGUACUGCGUGUGUCAGCUGGGCUGGAGAGGAACAGGAUGUGACACGUCCAUGGAGACAGGCUGCAGUGAUGGCAAAGACAACGAUGGAGAUGGCUUGGUGGACUGUAUGGACCCUGACUGCUGCUUCCAGGCCUCCUGUCAGACCACCUCUCUGUGCCUGGGUUCCCCCGACCCCCUGGACAUCAUCCAGGAGACCCAGCUCUCCACCGGCCAGAACAACCUCCAGUCCUUCUACGACCGUGUUCGCUUCUUGGUGGGCCGGGACAGCACCCACGUCAUCCUGGGAGCCAACCCGUUUGACGGCAGCCAUGCCUGUGUGAUUCGAGGACAGGUGGUAACAUCUGAUGGGACACCGCUGGUUGGAGUCAACAUUAGCUUCAUCAGCAACCCUGCCUAUGGCUACACCAUCACCAGACAAGAUGGAAGUUUUGACCUGGUGACCAAUGGGGGCGUGGCCAUCGGCCUGCACUUUGAGCGUGCUCCGUUCAUCACCCAAGAGCACACCUUGUGGUUACCGUGGGGGCGCUUUUUUGUCAUGGAUACCAUUGUGAUGCGACACGAGGAGAACGAGAUCCCCAGCUGUGAUGUCAGCAGCUUCACACGGCCCUCCCCCAUAGUUUCGCCCGCACCCCUUACGGCCUUCGCCGGGUCCUGCUCCGAGAGAGGGAAUGUUGUUCCCGAAAUACAGGCCCUCCAGGAAGAGGUCCCCAUCCCAGGGACUGACAUGUUAUUGAGCUACCUGAGUAGCAGGACCGCUGGGUAUAAGUCCCUCCUGCGGGUGACCCUGACGCACCCCAGCGUGCCCUUUAACCUGAUGAAGGUGCACCUGAUGGUGGCGGUGGAGGGACGGCUGUUCAGGAAGUGGUUUCCCGCUGCCCCCAACCUCCAUUAUGACUUUGUCUGGGACAAGACCGACGUUUACAGCCAGAAGGUCUAUGGGCUGUCUGAGGCCUUUGUAUCGGUGGGAUUUGAAUAUGAGUCUUGUCCAGACCUGAUUUUAUGGGAGAAGCGGACCGCAGUCCUACAGGGAUACGAGACCACUGCUUCCAACCUGGGAGGCUGGGCCCUGGACAAACACCAUGCCCUCAGCAUUCACAGUGGUAUUCUCCACAUGGGGAAUGGGGAGAACGUGUUCAUCUCCCAGCAGCCCCCUGUGAUUGGUAGUGUGAUGGGUAACGGGCGUCGCCGUAGCAUCUCGUGCCCCAGUUGUAACGGCCUGGCUGACGGCAACAAGCUCUUGGCCCCGGUGGCGCUGACCUGCGGCUCUGACGGCAGCCUGUAUGUGGGAGACUUCAACUACGUACGACGCAUCUUCAACACUGGGAAUGUUACCAGCGUGCUGGAACUCAGGAAUAAAGAUUUCAGGCAUAGUAACAGCCCGGCCCAUAAGUACUACCUGGCGUCCAGCCCCGUGUCUGGGGCAGUCUAUCUGUCUGACACCAGCAGCAGGAAGGUGUUCAAGGUCAAGUCUCUGAGCUCCGUGAAAGAUGUGGCCAAGAACUUACAGUUGGUGGCCGGGACCGGUGACCAGUGUCUGCCAUAUGACGAAACACGAUGUGGGGACGGGGGGAAAGCUGUGGAGGCUACGCUUACCAACCCAAGAGGCAUCACAGUGGAUAAAUAUGGAGUGAUCUUCUUUGUGGAUGGGACCUUAAUCAGACGUAUCGACCAGAACGGGAUCAUCUCUACUCUACUAGGCUUCAACGACCUGACCUCAGCACGACCCCUAAGCUGUGACUCGGUCAUGGACAUCUCACAGGUGCGUCUAGAGUGGCCCACAGACUUGGCGGUCAGUCCAAUGGACAACUCAUUGUACCUACUGGACAACAAUGUGGUGCUGCAGAUCUCAGAGAACCAUCAGGUGCGUAUUGUGGCGGGUCGGCCCAUGCACUGCCAGGUGCCCGGACUGGAUCACUUCCUGGUCAGCAAGGUGGCAAUCCACGCCACCCUGGAGGCUGCCAACGCCCUUGCCGUCUCUCACAACGGCAUCCUGUACAUCUCUGAGUCCGACGAGAAGAAGAUCAACCGUGUGCGGCAGGUGUCCACCAAUGGAGAGAUCUCUUUAGUUGCGGGGGCGCCGAGUGGCUGUGACUGUAAAAACGAUGCUAACUGCGACUGUUAUUCUGGCGACGACGGCUAUGCCAAAGACGCCAAACUCAACGGGCCGUCCUCACUGGCCGUCUCUCCGGAUGGAGAGCUGUUCAUCGCCGACCUUGGCAACAUCCGUAUCCGCUAUGUCCGUCGUAACAAGCCCUAUCUGAACCCUCUCAGCAUGUAUGAGGUUUCCUCCCCCAUCAACGAUCAACUGUAUCUCUUCGACUCCAACGGCAGCCACAUCUACACCCAGAGUCUGACCACUGGGGACUACUUGUACAACCUGACCUACAGCGGAGCAGGAGACCUAGCUAGCAUCACGGAUAAGAACAAGAACACGGUCACCAUCAGGAGGGAUUCAACGGGAAUGCCCCUGUGGCUGAUGGUCCCUAAGGGACAGACCUUCUGGUUCACCAUUGGGACCAACAACGCCUUGAAGAGCAUAGCAGCCCAAGGCCAGGAGCUGGCCUUGAUGACUUACCAUGGAAGCUCCGGGCUACUGGCCACCAAGAGCAACGAGAACGGAUGGACCACCUUCUAUGAGUACGACAACUACGGCCGUCUGACCAACAUCACCUACCCCACUGGCCUGGUGGGCAGCUACCGUACAGACUCUGACAGCUCCGUCAGGGCCCAGGCCGAGGCCUCAAACAAGGAGGACAUCACCAUCACCACCAACCUGUCAGCAUCAGGAACCUUCUACACACUCAUGCAGGACCAAGUCAGGAACAGUUACUACAUCGGUCUGGAUGGCUCUCUGGGCCUUGUUUUGGCCAAUGGGAUGGAGGUGUCCCUACACACAGAGCCCCACCUCCUGGCCGGAACGGUGAACCCCACAGUUGGCAGGAGGAACGUCACCCUGGCCAUCGACAACGGGCUGAACCUGGUGGAGUGGAGGCAGCGCAAGGAGCAGUCCCGGGGACAGGUCACCGUCUACGGGCGACGCCUCCGGGUCCACAACAGGAAUCUUCUGUCCCUGGACUUUGACCGCAUCACACGCACGGAGAAGGUUUACGACGACCACAGGAAGUUCACCCUGCGUAUCCAUUAUGACCACGCGGGCCGCCCCACUCUUUGGUCGCCGAGCAGCCGUCUGAACGGCGUGAACGUCACAUACUCAUCUGGGGGGCACGUGGCGGGCAUCCAGCGGGGUACCAUGUCUGUACGCAUGGAGUAUGACCACGACGGAAGAAUCACUUCGCAGAUCUUUGCCGACGGAAAGUCUUGGACCUACACUUACCUAGAGAAGUCCAUGGUCCUGCUCCUCUACAGUCAACGUCAGUACAUCUUCGAGUUCGACAGGAAUGACCGUCUGUCCUCCGUGACCAUGCCCAACGUGGCCCGCGUCACCCUGGAGACAACCCGCUCCAUCGGCUACUACCGGAAUACAUACCACCCCCCAGAGGGCAAUGCCUCGGUGCUGCAGGACUACAGCGAAGAGGGUCGGCUGCUGCAGACCACCUACCUGGGUACAGGUCGCAGGGUUCUGUACAAGUACGGCAAGCUGGCCAAGCUCCUGGAGAUCCUGUACGACACGACGCGUGUCGCGUUCAGCUAUGACGAAGCGGCAGGCAUGCUCAAGGUGGUCAACUUGCAGAGCGAGGGCUUCACCUGCACUAUAAGGUACCGCCAGAUCGGACCACUCAUCGACAGGCAGAUCUUCAGGUUCAGCGAGGAGGGGAUGGUAAAUGCCCGUUUUGACUACGUCUACGACAACAGCUUCCGGGUGACUAGCAUGCAGGCGGUGAUAAACGAAACGCCCCUACCAAUCGACCUGUAUCGCUACGACGACGUGUCGGGGAAGACGGAGCAGUUCGGGAAGUUCGGCGUGAUCUACUAUGACAUCAACCAGAUCAUCACCACGGCCGUGAUGACACACACCAAACACUUUGACGCCUACGGAAGAGUCAAGGAAGUCCAGUAUGAGAUCUUCAGGUCACUGAUGUUCUGGAUGAUGGUCCAGUAUGACAAUAUGGGCAGAGUGGUCACCAAGGAACUAAAGGUGGGUCCAUAUGCCAACACCACACGCUACACCUAUGAAUAUGAAGCCGACGGGCAGCUACAGAUCGUAUCCAUCAACGACAAGCCGUUGUGGCGCUACAGCUACGACCUGAACGGCAACCUGCACCUGCUGAGCCCUGGGAACAGCGCGCGCCUCACGCCGCUGCGCUAUGACCUCCGGGAUCGUAUCACUAGGUUGGGGGACGUCCAGUACCACCUGGACCAGGAUGGCUUUCUGAAGCAGAGGGGCAACGACUUCUUUGAGUACAGCUCGGUUGGUUUAUUGGUUAAGGUCUACAACCGGCUGAGUGGCUGGAGUAUCCGCUAUCGGUAUGAUGGUCUGGGCCGGAGGGUUUCCAGUCGAUCCAGCCUGGGUAACCACCUCCAGUUCUUCUACUCUGACCUGUCCAGCCCCACACGGGUCACGCACAUGUACAACCACACCAGCUCGGAGAUCACCUCGCUCUACUACGACCUGCAGGGGCACCUCUUCGCCAUGGAGCUGAGUUCUGGGGACGAGUUCUAUGUGGCGUGCGACAACAUCGGCACUCCACACGCCGUCUUCAGUGGCUCGGGCGUGAUGAUCAAGCAGAUUCUCCAUACUGCGUUUGGGGAGGUGUACCUGGACUCCAACCCCAGCUUCCAGCUCAUCGUGGGGUAUCAGGGGGGUCUGUACGAGCCGCUGAGCCGUCUGGUCCACAUGGGCCGAAGAGACUAUGACACCAUCGCCGGGCGAUGGACCACACCUGACCACGACAUCUGGAGCCGGCUGAACGCUAACAACAUCGUCCCUUUCAACCUGUACAUGUUCAAGAACAACAACCCCCUGAGCAACAGCCUGGAGACCAAGUGUUACAUGACAGAUGUGAACAGCUGGCUGGUGACGUUUGGCUUCCAGCUGUACAACGUGAUUCCUGGCUACCGUAAGCCCUCCACUGACACUAUGGAGCCGUCCUACGAACUGGUCAGAACUCAGGUCAAGACCCAGGACUGGGACAGCACCAAGUCUAUCCUUGGCGUGCAGUGUGAGGUCCAGAGACAGCUGAAGGCCUUCGUGAAGCUGGAGCGUUUCAAACAGAUCUAUGGUGCCAGUGCUGCUGGUUGCCCUCAGAAUGCUGGCAAGACCCUCUUCGCCUCCGGAGGAUCCAUUUUUGGCAAGGGUGUGAAGUUCGCCAUCCGUGAUGGCCGCGUGAGCACCGACAUCAUUAGCUUGGCCAACGAAGACGGACGGCGCAUGGCCGCGGUUCUUAACGACGCGCUCUACCUCCAAGACCUGCACUUCACUAUUGAUGGUGUCGACGUGCACUACUUUGUGAAGGCGGGCUCAGUGGAAAGCGACCUGUCACUCAUUGGGAUGACGGUGGGGCGGCGCACCUUGGAGACGGGCGUCAACGUGACCGUGUCUCAGGUGAACGCCGUGCUGAACGGCAGGACGCGGCGCAUCACGGACAUCCAGCUGGAGUACGGCGCCCUGAGACUCAACACGCGCUACGGUAGUUCCCUGGACGAGGAGAAGGUCAGAGUGCUGGACUUGGCCCGCCAGAGGGCAGUGGCCCAGGCCUGGGUCCGGGAGCGCCAGAGACUGAGAGACGGAGAGGAAGGCUCACGCUCAUGGACCGAGGGGGAGAAGCAGCAGCUUCUGGGGUCUGGAAGGGUGGCAGGAUACGAGGGGUUUUACAUAGUGUCGGUGGACCAGUACCCAGAGCUGUCAGACAGCGUCAACAACAUUCACUUCAUGAGACAAAGUGAAAUGGGCCGAAGGUGACAGGAUGAACAACAUCGGCAUGUUCUGAAGUGAGGGAGCGACAGCUGGGGCAACGACCUAAAAUGCAUUCUAUUCCUUAAGUAGCUCAGUACUUUAGAUGAGGACUCAUCAGGCUAUGGGUCUAUAAGGCCCUGGUCUAAGGUUGUGUAUUACUUAGGGAAGGGGGGGCCAUUUGGUUGGAAUGCAGACCUACGGUUGUCCAGAACAUAAAACAAAGGACUUCUUGCCAAAGACAGUUGCGUACAUGACCACUUUUUUGUUUGUCUUUUUCAGUUGACUUGUGUACUGAACUUGGAUUUUUCAUACACUCUACGAACUAAACCUAAUGGUUUGGCAGCCAAAUGGCUGAACACUAUUUACAGUAGACUUCUCAUUCUGAAAGAUUAUUUAACAGUCUUUGCCCUCCAAGUGUGGCUGCUAAAGAAAGAAUAUGUCAUCUAUACUUUGUCUCUACACUCUGUUUGUGACUGUGUGCAGAGAGACUGGUGAGGAGAGAGACACUGGUGAGGAGAGAGAGACUGGUGAGGAGAGAGACACUGGGGAGGAGAGAGACACUGGGGAG